AUGUCGGCUCCCUCGCCCCUCCCCGCCGUGACGGCCUCGCAAGGCGCCCCGCAAAAGGCCCCCUCGCAGACGCCAGCCCAGAUCGCCCAGCGAAAGGACAAGCCCCUCUACUCGCUCAUCGCAGGCACCACCGCCGGCGCCGUCGAAGGUUUCGCCACCUACCCCAUCGAGUACACAAAGACCGUCAGCCAGUUUGCCGCAAAGGCCGGUGAAAAGGCCCCCGGACCGAUUGCCAUUGUACGCAGCACGCUGGCAAAGGACGGCUUCAUCGGCCUCUACUCUGGCUGCGGCGCCCUCGUCGCCGGCAACGCCCUCAAGGCCGGCGUCCGCUUCCUCAGCUACGACCACUUCAAGUCGCUCCUCAAGGACCAGGACGGAAAGCUCUCGGGUCCGCGCUCCCUCCUCGCCGGCCUCGGCGCCGGCAUGAUGGAGGCCAUCUUUGCCGUCACCCCCUCCGAGACCAUCAAGACCAAGCUCAUCGACGACGCCAAGCGCGCCGCACCCAGAUACCCCCCCGGCCUCUUUCCCGGCACCGCCGCCAUCGUCCGCGAGGAAGGGUUGCGCGGCAUCUACCGCGGCCUCGGCCCCGUCAUGAUGCGCCAGGGCGCCAACUCGGCCGUCCGCUUCGGCACCUACUCGACCCUCAAGAACUUUGUCGCCGGCAGCGCGCGGCCCGGUCAGAGCCUGCCCGGCGGCAUCACUUUCGGCAUCGGCGCAGUGGCGGGCGUCGUGACCGUCUACUCAACGAUGCCCUUCGACGUCAUCAAGACGCGGAUGCAGUCGCUCGAGGCGCGGACGCGGUACCGGGGCACGCUGCACUGCGUCACGUCGACGCUCAGAGAAGAGGGCGUGCUGGCCUUUUGGCGCGGCGCCACCCCGCGCCUCGCACGGCUGGUCCUCAGCGGCGGAAUCGUCUUUACCGUCUACGAACAAAUCAUGAGCCUACUCGAUGCUCGGACCAUGUAG